AUGCAUGACUUCGCUUUUGGAAUAUGGACUGGAAAAAAAAUGAUAAAAUCUAGAAUUUUGCCUUUGGCAAAAACAUGGUUAAAAUUUGUUCCUUCUAUCGACAUUUAUUCAGAUUAUCUCGAUAUGGAUGAUGUUUAUGAAGUAUUAAAUAGUUCCAAUCACUUAAAUAUCACAUUUCAUACGAUUCCAACUUUUGCUCAUCAUUUGGUUGGUACAAAUUUUGAUAAUGUGUGGAAUCAUGCACAAUCUCGCCAUCUAAUUGCAUUUUCAGAUUUAUAUCGCAGAUAUCCGAACAAAAAAUGGUACUUUUUAGGAGACGAUGAUACAUUUCUCUUUCCUAACGGUAUCAUUAAAAACUUAAAAGAUUUUAACUAUACAGAACAGCGAAUUCUCGGUCAUCAAUUUGCAAUCUUCCCUUCUCUUAUUAAAUUUUACCAAUCGAAUCAAUCCAAUUAUUACUUUUGCCAAGGUGGUGCAGGGUUCUUUGUUUCUCAAGCAAUGAUGAAAUUCCUUGGUCCUCGAAUCUUAAAUUGCUCAAAGUACUACGAAGCAUUUAAUUUCGUAAGUGAUAUUAGAAUUAGUGCUUGUAUCGACUUCUAUUCAACGAUAAAUAAUAUUUCAACAAAUUAUUCGAAUUAUAUUGAUCAAAUUGGGCUAAUUAACGGCGAUCUCCCAGAAAAAUCGACAUCAAAAGGCUCUCCUGAUAAUCAGCCAAUAUCUUAUCAUCACUCUGUUGAUAAAAUUACUGAAUUAAUUUGGAAUUCCUCAUUUUCAACUUGGACUUACAAAAAUGGAACAGAUGUCUUUGUUGAAUGGACUCAUGUUUUCGGUUCUCAUAUUACUACUGAAAUUGCUUACGAAGGCAAUUUUAUGGAUAUUAUCUGGGGAUACAUGAUAUAUGCUCCAUACGGAAACAAUUAUUAUUCAGAGACACCUCCAGAGCCUGUAUUUUCCUCAAAUGAAAGUGAAAUUCCUUAUAAAUAUAUUCAAAAUUUCCAGAAUAACAUAACUUUUGAAUAUAUUUGUGAUGAUAAUUUGAAACAUGGAAGUGUUGUUUUCGAUCAUUUCCUUGGAGAAGGAAAAGAAGGCACUUCUUUCAGAGUUCAUUGUGAUCCUCCAAAACCAUACAUGCACAACUUUCCAAAUGGUUCACCACUAUCUUUAUUACAUGAAGAUCAAAGUGAUCUUUAG